UAUUGCUGAAAGCGGACCGGUGCGUUCAUUGAUUCUUGGAAUAGUGCGGGACGCCGAGUUCUUGAUGAAAUUGUGAGUCAAGUGACGCAGCAAGAGCACUUCAAGCUAGCGGAUCUGAUGCUGGCGCCGGGUCUUUGCACCGAAAGCACGGACCUGGGGCAGAUCCUCAACAAGGACUUUGUUGCCUUUUCUGGCUCAGAGAUUCGCGAUUCAAAGCAGCUAUCGGGGCAUCUGGUUAUUGGCAAUGGCAUUGACAUUGACAUGGCUGGACCAUCGUUUGUGCCGGUGGACAGCCCAGUGCGGCUGAGCCGGUCGUUCCCCAAGAUUUUCCGCGGUAUCGACGUGCAUGGGCGUAGAAUGGCGGUGAGCACAUUGGGCGAGCUGACAAGACCAAGGAUCGUCUGUGCGGCCAGCGCGCUGUGCACAUCGAGCGAGUCGGCCGGGUACUUGCAGAUGCUCCACGGGCUGGUGGGCACGGGUGCGUCUAGGCAUUUCAAGGAGUUUGAGCGCGAAUCAGUCCGCGAAUAUCGAACGGUUCUUGACUCAAUGAUUGACCGAUACUCUAUGGGGCAGGACUGAUCGGCGGGCGUGUGUUUUCGUGAAAGUCUAAACAGAUGCAAGCCCUUAUUUCCUUGCUCUUUCGAAUAGUGCAAGGCAGACGGGGAAAAAGAGACAUCUUUGCAAUAGAUUUACCUGCCAGUAAAGCAGAGCAUUGCGUUUUUCUUGCCAGCACGUUUGGGGAGGAGGGGGAGAUUUUUUAUUUUGCGUGACCGAGGGCUCAGUUCCUUUUUGCGAAAAUAGGGCCCCGGCAUCCUUGCAGGCUUCUUGCUCCAAAACGAGUAGGCGAGUCUUCAAUGUGCA